AUGUCGGACUUUACCGAAGCCAACCGGAAAUACUUUGAUAACCUUGCUGCUACCUACAAGGGCCGUUUUGCAGAUGCAUCGAGAAUGUUGGCAUCACAGACCGUGCAGCAUCGAAACUGGAUCAGUGAACGAUGGACUGAUACAGAAGCCGGAAAGAACAAAGAAGUCAAAAUGCUUGAGUAUGCAUGUGGGCCUGGGGUUGUCUCCAUGAGCCUGGCCCCGUUUGUCACGCAAAUCAUUGGAAUCGAUGUUUCGGACAACAUGAUUGCUGAAUUCAAUCAAAAUGCUAGCUCUCUUGGUCUGGCAAACAAAGUGGUUGGCUACAAAGCAGAUUUGCUUGCAGAGAACGCUCCCGCCCAGGAGAUUGAGUCUGCGUGUGCCAAUCUGGACAUGGUGACCGUCAGCAUGGCUCUCCACCAUUUUGAACAUCCAGACACUGCUAUUAAGCGCCUGACAGAGCGCUUAAACAAGGGCGGAGUGUGCUAUAUUAUAGAUCUCGUGGCACAUGCCGAUGCUCAUGGCCAUGAACACGAGAAACACAAGCAUGAGUUUGCCCAGGCGGCUCACACCAUCAAGACGCAUGGGUUCUCUUGUGAGGACAUGCAGGGGCUCUUUGAAGAGGCUGGGCUCACUGGAUUUAAAUACGAGGUCUUACCUGAGCCUCUUACGUUCAACAUGGAGGAGCGAUCUUUUUCCAAGACUGUGUUUGUUGCUCGGGCCCAGCGUGCAUAG